AUGGCAUCUACCCUCGCUGAAGAUCUCUCUAAAGGAAGCACACACCAUGGACAAACAUCUUACGAUGGGAAAGGCUUGUCAUCAAAGUUUCCUCCUAAUGCACCGAUUAUUGCUCGAGCAAAAUUUGAGACGGUCGCAAACACCUUGAACGUAUCACUCGCAAACUGUGGCGUCAUUCUAGUGGGCCAUCCAAACACAGAGCAAUUAAGCAGAAAUCGAGACUGCGAAAAAGAUAGGCUUCAGAGCGAAUAUAGUCCAAAAGAAGCCGACUCGAAUGAUCGAAAUGAACGACAAAAGAGAGUGAUAGAAAAAGUCGAAUGCCAACGACAGCUUUUCAGCAAAGGCGAAGUUCAACCUGACGACGGUCAAAAGGAAGAAUAUUGUACCCUGAACCAAUACCAGACAUCAAGAGGAGUCGUGGACUGCCAACUUGCGCCGUUAAGCGAAACAAAAGAAAUAGAACACUCAGACUCGAAUGGAACGAGUUGUGCCCAUGUGAAACUACCGAUGGCCUCAAUCAAGGUAAAAGGCGAUUUUAGCGGAAAGCAUCGCGAGGGCGAGCAACUCCUAAAAGCGCUCGAGCUUUGUCAAGAUAACGGAAUGUUUGUCCAACACAAGCGCCUUGCAAUGGAGAAAAUUCACUAUUAUGAAGAUAGAAAAAAUGCUGACAUGGUUCUAGUCUUAAAGAUAGAACAAGCAGUGGCCCUCUCGUACGAAAACAAAUCCAAAUUAGCGAAGAAAAUGCUUAUUUCAGUCACGGAAUCUGACCUGAAUGGUCAAGCCUUAUACGGAGAUGUCAUAUCGGCAAGAGCCUUCUAUGUACUUGCGGCUCACAUGAGGAGAGAAGAAAAGCACAGAAAGUUAAAAUUAACUCUGCUGUUUGAAUAUCUUCGACGCAGCGAACAUCUCUUGCAGCAGUACGACUCUCCAGAAGACUGGGCUGACCUCUACUACACCUAUGGUUGUUUAUGGUUAGAUUACAUGAGCCUGAUACCGGAUGACACGAGAAAUGCUCGUGCCCGUAACGCCAUGCGGAAUAAAGCGAGAUGCUCUUUUGAGAAAGCUCUCUUCUUCAGUCAAAAAGACCAUCGAUUAAGAGUUCGAAUUAAAAGGGAAAGAUACGCUCACAUCAAACUUGCAUCAAUUCUCCUUGAUUGUUGUUCAACUACCGCACGCAUUCAACAGAAAACCAUUCCACCCAGUGACAUCAAACAAGCUGAAGAUCACCUGGAUAUUGUUCAGUUCAAACUUGGUGACUGUAUCCCCAAGGGUACAUGGAUACAGCUCUUAAAAACUCGAUCAGAUCAGUGUUAUCGUCAGGGAUCAUACAACCUGGCCAAAGAGACAGUAGAAGAGGCUUUCAGGCUCGCUUCCUUUCAUAAAUUUGACACUGAAUUAAACACUCUACAAGAGAUGAUUGAAUUCUUUGCGAUGAAACUUCAUUCUCACCUAGUUUUCACUGAAGAACUCGAAGUUUCAACCAGCGAAGCUGCCUACAGUGCCAGUGGGUCAAAUUCAGGAUAG